AUGGAUGAAAACAAUAUGAGAAAAGAGGAAUUAAGUGACGAAGGCGAGAGGAACAAAAUGGGAGUUAUAGCUUGUAUGUGCUAUGUCCUUGGAAAUAUUAUCGGCUCAGGCAUUUUCACAUCCCCUUCUGCAAUUUUGGCAAAGGUGAAUUCGACUGGGCUCUCAUUAAUUAUUUGGAUAGUGUGCGGUUUAUAUUCAUUGUUUGGUGCAUUAGUUUAUAUCGAAUUAGGUACGAGUAUACCUGAACCGGGAUGCCAUUUCGCCUACAGUCAUUACGUAGGAUGGCAUUCUGCAGCAUUUGCCUUCAUGUGGAUCGGAGUCACUUUAGGCUACCCAGCAUCAAACGCAAUUCAAGCUCAAACAUUUGGAAAAUAUUUAGUUGAUGGAGUUGCACCACUCUAUGCUAUUGGAGAUCCAUACAAAUGGGCUUUAGAGCGAGUUUUUGGUAUUUUAUUAAUUUUGACAAUAACAUGGCUUAAUAUGCUUUCACUGGGAAUUAUUGUGUCGAAAUUUCAAAUCAUCGCGACAUUAGCGAAAAUGCUUUCAAUUGCUUUGAUCAUCGGUGGAGGUUUCUAUCGACUCAUAUUUGAAAACAAAACUGAAAAUCUCGAAAAUCUGAUGCAACAUAGUAAUUAUAAUAUCGACAGUCUUGUUCUCGCAUUCUACGCAGGCCUUUGGUCGUACAUUGGAUGGGAUAUAUUAAACUAUGGUAUAUCCGAAAUUCGAAAUCCAGCCAAAACUAUGCCUCUGGCACUAACUUCCGGAAUGUUGAUUAUAAUAAUAACGUAUCUCGCAACUAAUAUUUCUUAUGCGAUCGUCCUCAGCAAUGAUGAAAUUUUGCAUACUAAUGCAAUCGCUGCUCUAUUUAGUCAAAAAGUUUUUGGCAAAUUUUCGUAUAUUAUACCAUUUUUAAUCGCAAAUUUUAUAUGUGGUUCGCUUAAUUGUGCUAUUUUUGCUGGAAGCAGAUAUUUGUAUGCAGCAGCUCGAGAAGGAUAUUUACCAGCAUUUUUGAGUUGUAUUGGUGAAAAUGAUGCGAGCCCUAAGCCAGCACUGGUUGUUGAGGUAAUUUAA